AAGACAUUCCUUAUCACUUUCAUGAAAUAACACGAUGCCUAGUGUUUAUAUCGUGAUAAAAUUAUAUUCCUUUUUGUGACGAUACUACUGCCAAAUUUAUCGAGAGAAAUAAAGACAGAGACACGAGGUGUUCGAUACUUCGUCGACUUUUUCUACGCAAGGACCCAGCGGGCAUCGAGAACAGGGAAAAAAAGAAAAGAGAAAAAGAGAGAGAGAGAGAGAGAGAAAGAGAGAAAGAGAGAAAGAAAGAGAGAAAGAGAAGAAUAGACAUGAAAAAAUAAAAGGAAAAAGAAAAGAACGAGGAAGAUAAUGGGUGGAUGAUUUGGAGCUUUGUCAUUAAAGGAAACGACAGUGUUUUAAUAACGUGGGUGAGGUUCUGGUCCUUUUCAAAACUAUACGAGGAAUUCACGAGGAUUAAGUUGACGUCGAAGGGAACCUAUAUACGUAUGAAAUAGAGAGAAAGAGACAAAGAGAGAAAUAAAUAAAAAGAAAAAAAGAAGAAGAAAAAAAAAAGAAAUAAUAAAAAGAAAAGAAAAAUCAAUUGAUCGUAAGAGAACUAUAUAAAGAAUUAUCGAGGUAUUAUUAUAACGGGCACGUGAAAUACGUAUCAAUGGAUAGAGCAACGUCAAGGAAGCACGAUGAUAUAGAGAUCCCUUUGAUGCGAAUGGUUUCUCUGACUAGAGCCAGAGGCAGAUAGUCCGUUGGUUCGAACGUAAUUUCGUGCUGGGCAGAAUAUGUCGGAUAGAUUCCAAGGACAGAGAAACGAGAAAAUAUAUACGUAUAUAUAUAGGAAGGGUCUCACCUUUAAUAAGUGAAUCCCACGAGAAAUUAACGACCACCUAUGAAUCAGGAACGAGGGAUCAGCGAGUAAUAGUGGUCGUUGUCGUUGCUCGUAAUCCCAAGGAACAAGAUUACCUUAUUGGUGAGAGAAUACGUUCUCCUUGGCCGACUACGACGAUGGAUGGAAUCGAAGUGGUUAUCUAAUAUAACAUCUUAAAUAAUAAAUUGGGAAGGGAGAGAAAGAGAGAGAGAGAGAUAAAGAGAGAGAGAGAGAGAGAGAGGGUGAGAGAGAAAAAUAAAGGGAACAUACGUAAGGAAGAAAGAAAUAGAAGAAGGUGGAGAAGGUGGGACUUGGAAAGGGUACCUUCGAAAAAUGUCACGUAUUUUGAGAAUACGCGCGAGAACGCGUCGGAAAUGACGGCCAACUCUUGGAUUGUAAUAGUUCAUAUUUUAUUCUCUCUCUCUCUCUCUCUUUCUCCGUCUCUCUCUUUCUAUAUCAUUCUUUCUUUCCAUUAUUGCCGUUCUCGAUGAACGCGAAAAUCGAAAGUAAAAACCGUGGACGAGAGAGAAACGGGAGUAAAGGGAAAGGAAAUACGUAGGUACCGCAAGUAAAGCUCGUAGGAAAUUCAAGUACGGAGGGCCACGUAAAACCACGUCAUGGCGCUCUGACGUUACCGUGACAGGACUCGGAAAUGGCGAUGCUCUGAGGAUAGCACGUGAAGAGAAAGAGAGAGAGAAAGAGAGAGACAGAGAGAGAGAGAGAGAGAGAGAGAUAGUGAGAAAGAGAGAAAGACAGACAGAAAGACAGACAGACAGAGAGCAUACGCGUGCUCAACUAUGUGUGUUCGCCAUCACGUCGGAAACGUUGCUGCUGCUGCUACUGCUACUACUGCUACUACUACUACUACUACUACUACUACUACUACUACUACUACUGCUGCUGCUGCUGCUGCUACUGCUGUUGCUGCUGCUGCUGCUGCUGCUGCUGCUGCUGCUGCUGCUGCUGCUACUGCUACUGCUGCUGGUGCUCAUGAUUAGCAGUGAUCCUCGGUAUAGUAGUAAACGUCCGUGUCUGUUCGGACCGAUUAUCUCACCUGCAGACAAUUAGACGGGAGUCCUCGAGUGAUUAAAGACGAAGCGAGUGUGUUUUUAGGGUGGGACAGGUGGGAGGGGAGAAAAAACGAAUGAACGAACGAACGAACAAACGAACGAACGAACGAACGAAUGUACGGUCGACAUAGAAGAGGUAAGAGCAGAAGGAUAGGAGACAACUAAGAGAAAAGAAAUAAAUAAUAUUUUCAAGAAUUCGAUAGGAUAAAAACGAAGAUACGAAAGCCCGAGUUACGAAGAGUAUCGAUAUUGAUUUUAUGAAUAGAAGUGUAUUAACGAAGGUUGAACGUUGAUCGUAAAAAAAAAAAAAGAAAAGAAAAAAAAGAAAAGAGAAAAGAAGAUAACGAAGAAAAGAAUGAAAAGGGAUGAUAGAGUACGAUAAGAAAAUUCAAGUGAUUAAAAAGAACGUAUUUCUUCGAUUAUACAUUAUUUAAUAAUCGUUAGCGACAAUAUCGAUCGAUCGAACGAAUAGGUUAUACUAUUACAAGUAUAGUAACACCUAGUCAUGCGGUUGGUUAGUUCAACUAAAGGACAAUCGGCUUUACUAGUUGUCGAGUAAUAGUCAGGGGGUACGUUGCACGGUCGACGGGAUCACCGCGGUCCAAAUGGAAAGCUAAUAGUCACGCGUUUGUCGUGCAUGCUACGUGAAGUGUUGGUGUUAGUGGUGGUGUUGGUGGUGUUGAUGGUGGGAGUGGUCGUGGUAGUAGUAGAAGCAGCAGAAGCAGAAGCAGAAGUAGAAGCAGCAUCAGCAUCAGCAGUAGAGAUAGUGGUUACUUCUUCGUCCGAUCUACGACGACGACGGCGGCGGCAACGAUGACGAUGACGACGACGACGACGACGACGACGACGACGACGACGACGACGACGACGACGAAGACAACGACGAAGACAACGACGACGACGAAGAAGGUGGCAAAGAGAGAACGAUAAAGUGGGCGGUUACGAGGAGUCUACUAAAACGGGAGCUUGUUCCCGUGGAUAGUAGAAGGAAAGAGAAUAAGAGAAUUGAAACUCUGCUAGAACGUGCUGGAAGAAGAAGAGAACAGCGGUGGGAGACAACGGUCGUGAGGAGGGUAGAAGCAGAAGGGGGAAGAAGAGGAGGAGGAGGAGGAGGAAGAAGAAGAAGAAGAAGAGGAGGAGAAGGAGGAAGAGGAGAAUACGAGGGCGGCCACGAGGGAAAGGGACUUGAACGUAGAGAAGUUUCCGUCUGUCCGAAGUGGAUGGGGGUGAAAAUGUUCCGAGUGUUGCUGGCAUGUGUCUGGCUGGUUGCCGGCAGCCCGUUACAUCCCUGGCCGCUAAUACCCCAAAGAGCCAGUAUAACCAGAGACAGUUACAUCAGACAUUAUAGUCCAGCGUGGUACGAUAUUGCGGCACUGAGGGAACAUCGAGGAAGAAAUCGUCGUGACACUUCGACUUCCGGUCGGUCAAAGGACGCAACGUUGAAUCUACGCCUUCGCGCUCUCGACAGAGAAUUUAAGAUGAGACUUGUAAGAGACACAAGCCUUUUCCAUGAAGAGACAACUUUCGAAGGAUCGAACGACCGAAAUAUUGCCUUCGAUCCUUCCCACACGUACAGCGGCACGUUGGAGGACGACGAAAAUUCAUUGGUCCAUGGUAUCGUCACUACUGAGGGCCUAUUCGAUGGGACAAUAUUUACAGCCUCCGAUGAGAUUUACAUCGAACCUGCCAGCAGAUAUUCAACCUCAUCCACGGAUUGUCAUCGAUUGUCUUUUGAUAAUGACAAUCAUUGUGGAAAUAAAUCCGAUGAUCUACGUCAUCAUCAUACGAUCGCAUAUCGCUCCAGAGACGUCUCCGUUUUACCAACCCAAUCGUGUGCCAGCGAAGAACUUUUUCAUCAAAACGAUCGUAAUCGAUCGAGGAACAGCAACGAGACGGGAAAGAACGGAUAUAUUCUUGCUGGUGGCACAAUGCGACCAUUUUAUCAGCACGUAAACGAGGGGACGAAUCGUGCGAAGCCAGGAUUCUAUCCGAUGGAUGCUAGGAAGAAGGACCCCAUGGCGAGUUCCCAUAAUCUCGAGCUUCUCGACAAAUUGUACAGAGAGAGAUAUUCACGGAUCUUAAGGAAGAGAACGUCAAUCGAUCCAAAGAAGACUACUUGCAUGUUGUAUCUCCAAGCGGAUCAUACGUUCUUCGAACAUUACAAAUCGGAAGAGGCGUGCAUAGAAGUGAUGACACGUCAUGUACAACGUGUAAAUUCAAUCUACAGACACACAGAUUUUAAUCAGGAUGGACAACCGGACAAUAUCAGUUUUAUGAUAAAACGCGUUAAGGUUCACGGAGAGGAAGCAUUGCAUGAUCCAUCCUAUAGAUUUACGGGUGACUACGGAGUCGAGGAAUUCCUCGAGCUAUUUUCCGAAGAAGAUUACGACGCAUUUUGUCUUUCCUACAUGUUUACCUAUCGUGAUUUCGAAAAGGGUACGCUGGGCCUCGCUUGGACAGGUGAUCUCAAGAACGCAGGUGGAGUUUGCGAGAAAAACGGGCAUUAUAGAGGUAGCAUGAAAUCUCUCAACACUGGCAUAAUCACCCUACUCAACUACGGGAAGCACGUACCACCGACGGUUUCUCACGUUACCCUCGCACACGAGAUCGGCCACAAUUUUGGAUCUCCUCAUGAUCCGGACGAGUGCUCACCAGGCGGAGAGGAUGGGAAUUUCAUAAUGUUCGCAAGGGCUACGAGUGGCGACAAGCGGAACAACAAUCGAUUCAGUCCGUGCAGUCUCGUCUCCAUAAACCCUGUCUUAAAUGCCAAGGCUCGUUCAUCAAAAGGAUGUUUCGCUGAGCCUCAGUCGGCCAUUUGCGGAAACGGCGUGGUGGAGGAGGGUGAGGAGUGCGAUUGUGGAUGGGAGGAGGACUGCAAUGAUCCUUGUUGCCACCCUCAACGGCUCCAUCAUGUCCCUCAUGAGAUACCUUGUCGCCUUGCCGAUGGCGCAGUUUGCAGUCCCAGUCAGGGACCGUGCUGCACGUCGGCUUGUACUUUACGCAGCGGGGACAAGUGCAGGGACGACAACGGAUGCAGGGACGCGAGCUUUUGCGACGGCCGAGGUCCCCAGUGUCCGCCAUCCAUCAACAAACCCAACAAGACCAUAUGCAACGAGGAGUUCGUCUGCUACAUGGGGGAAUGCACCGGCAGCAUUUGCCUGGCUUACGGUUUGGAAUCCUGUCAGUGUAUCGCAGGACCAGAGGAUCCACCGACCAAGAGCUGUGAACUCUGCUGUAAAUUACCAGGAGAGGAUCAACCGUGCUUAUCAUCCUUUGCUUGGAAUUCAGCUCCUUACGAUAUACCGGACAUGCUUUCAAAACCUGGUACACCUUGCAACGACUACAAUGGUUACUGCGACGUUUUUCAAAGAUGCCGAGAGGUUGAUCCAAGUGGCCCUCUGGCCACCUUGAGAAGGCUUCUUCUAUCAGAUGCAAGUCUUGCUAACUUUCAACGAUGGAUUAUCGAUCGUUGGUACAUAGUUGCCUUGAUGAUUCUCCUUCUGCUAUCCAUAUUGUGCGUGGUUACGAGGCUGCUAAGUAAACGGCGAGUUCCACGUAUGAAAAUUCUUCCAACGUCACAGGAAACACGAGAGGAGAUCGUAAGAAGGGAAGAAUCAUUGUCAAAAGAUCAUGCAACAUCAAACGUUUCUAAGAUACGAUCGAUGAACAUUUCGCACAUCAAAAAGCGUAUAGUCGAGACUAUGAAAAGCAUCGUAUCGCCGCGUGGUAAGAGAAACGACGAGGAGUCCUUGCGGGCGAGUACCUGUAUCUCCAGGAUUCUACGUAUUUUAGAAAAGGACGCUACUCGAGCGGUCGAUCGUUCGGAAAAGCAGAGCUUGAACGAGAUCGAGGAGGUGGAAGGUAAAAGGAGGAAAAAUAGAACCGAGAAGAGACGAGAGAAAAGGAGAAAAGAAAUGGAAGAGGAAGAAUUAGAGAAAAAAGAAAAUAGGAGAAUACUUCUUCCUCGUGUCGAGUGCCAGAUGAACGAGAGAAAUCUGGGAAGAUGGCGGAGAAUCUCUUUUCUUCUAUCGGGAAGAACUAUUCCAAGGAACUUGACUUCCUCGGAGGCAAAGAUAACGGCAAGCUCGUACAACGUUGAAAGCGAAGUUUGUAAAAAUUCGACGAAUUAUCAGAGCGAACCAUUGGUUGUGCCGGACACGCCCGAUACGCCGAUCGAUACAGUCGAAGGAAGAAUGCAAACGUCAGAUUUGACGGUCCUCUUACCGGAAAGUUAGUCGUGGGAUAUUUUUCUUUUAUUCGACUUCGUUAUU